ACUACAGCUCCAGAACCUAUUACGACAACCACUGCAGCUCCUACUACAACAACUACAACUUCAGCUCCUACGACAACCACAACAACAGCACCUACAACAACAACAACUGCUGCUCCUACGACCACUACAGAUCCAGAACCUAUUACGACAACCACUGCAGCUCCUGCUACAACAACUACAACUUCAGCUCCUGCGACAACCACAACAACAGCACCUCCAACAACUGUAGCUCCCACAACAACUGCUGCUCCUACAACAGCUUUAGCAUCUACUUCAACCACUGCAGCCCUAACUACAACAACUGCUGCCCCUACGACCACUGUAACUCCACGACCUACUACGACUACCAGUGCAGCUCUUACUACAACAACUACAACUUCAGCUCCUACGACAACCACAACAACAGCACCUCCAACAACUGUAGCUCCCCCGAUUACUCCUGCUCCUACAACAGCUUUAGCGUCUACUUCAACCACUGCAGCCCUAACUACAACAACUGCUGCCCCUACGACCACUGUAACUCCACGACCUACUACGACAACCAGUGCAGCUCUUACUACAACAACUACAACUUCAGCUCCUACGACAACCACAACAACAGCACCUCCAACAACUGUAGCUCCCACAACAACUGCAGCUCCUACAACAGCUUUAGCAUCUACGAUAACCACUGCAGCCCCAACAACAACAACUGCUGCUCCUACGACCACUACAGCUCCAGAACCUAUUACGACAACCACUGCAGCUCCUGCUACAACAACAACAACAUCAGCUCCUACGACA